AUGCUGACCUUGACCGUUGCCGCCAAGGCACCGUUCCUUGCGUACGCCUCGAUUAUCGCAGCCGGCUUUGUCCGGGCCGAAUCCGACGUUGCGGUGGCCCUCGAGUACGUCGACGACAAAUCCGCCAGUGCCUCUACAGACGUGUCUGCGGUCCUCACCGUGGACGGCCAGACCACGGCCGGCGAGCCCGAGAUUUUGCACGUGCUUGCCUCUUUGGUGCCGUCCAUUGCCGCCACUACCCAGCAGUCCGACGCGUGGGUGCAGUUUGCCCUGCACAAGUUGGCCAACAAGAACUUCAAGGCCUUGGCCUCCGACUUGGAGAAGUUGGACGCCCACUUGAACUUCCGCUCGUUCAUGCUCGGCCACCAGGUGUCGUUGGCCGACAUCGCCGUGUGGGGCGUCUUGCGCGCCAACGCGCUCAUGGGCUCCGUGCUCAAGAACGACGUGUACAUCAACAUCUCCAGAUGGUACAACUUCAUUGCCACGGACGCCAAGUUCGACGUGGCAGACCGCACCACCAAGGCCAUCAACGAGAUGAGAAAGCUGGCCAAGGCCGCCAAGGGCGAGAAGAAGGAGUCGCACAAGGCCAACUUCGCCAUCGACUUGCCCAACGCCGAGAUGGGCAAGGUGGUGACCCGGUUCCCCCCUGAGCCUUCGGGAUACUUGCACAUUGGGCACGUCAAGGCCGCCAUCUUGAACGAGUACUUUGCGCACGCGUACCAGGGCAAGUUGAUCAUCCGCUUCGACGACACCAACCCCUCCAAGGAGAAGACCGAGUUCCAGGACGCCAUCAUCGAGGACUUGGCUCUCAUGGGCAUCAAGGGCGACAAGGUCACGUUCUCGUCCAACUACUUCGACCAGAUGUACGACUUGGCCAUCCAGAUGAUCAAGGACGGCAACGCCUACUGCGACGACACUCCCAUGGAGACGAUGCGCGAGCAGAGAAUGGUGGGCGACGCGUCGGCCAGAAGAGAGCGCACCGUGGACGAGAACUUGCGCGUCUUCACGCAGGAGAUGAAGGCUGGCUCCGAGGACGGGCUCAAGAACUGCUUGAGGGCCAAGAUCGACUACACGAACCCCAACAAGGCCUUGAGAGACCCGGUCAUCUACAGAUGCAACCUCACCCCUCACCACAGAACCGGCACCCAGUGGAAGAUCUACCCCACCUACGACUUCUGUGUGCCCGUGGUGGACUCCAUCGAAGGCGUCACCCACUCCUUGAGAACCAACGAGUACCGCGACCGCAACCCGCAGUAUGACUGGAUCCAGAAGGUCUUGAAGUUGCGCCACGUCGACAUCUGGGACUUUGGAAGAGUCAACUUCAUGAGGACGUUGUUGUCCAAGCGGAAGUUGCAGUGGUUCGUGGACAAGGGAUACGUGGCCAACUGGGACGACCCAAGAUUCCCCACCGUGCGGGGUGUUAGAAGAAGAGGCAUGACUGUGGAGGGUUUGAGAAACUUCAUCCUUUCCCAGGGCCCCUCCAAGAACAUCAUCAACUUGGAGUGGUCUGCCAUCUGGGCCAUGAACAAGAAAAUCAUCGACCCAGUUGCCCCCAGACACACUGCCAUCGACGUCAAGGACGUGGUGCCCGUCACUAUUGCCAAGGGGCCUGAGUCUGUCGUCAGCGAGGACAAGCCCAAACACAAGAAGAACCCCGACGUCGGCUUGAAGAAGGUGUUGUUUUCCAGCAAGGUUUUGGUGGAGCAGGCGGACGCCGCCUCCUUCGCUGAAUCCGAGGAGGUUACCUUCAUGGACUGGGGCAAUGUCAUCAUCAAGAAGAUCCACAAAGAGGGCGAUGUUGUCAAGUCGAUUGACGCCGAGUUGCACUUGGAGGGUGACUUCCGGAAGACCGAGAAGAAGGUCACGUGGUUGGCCGACACCGAGGACAAGACCCAGGUUGAGUUGGUCGACUUUGACCACUUGAUCACCAAGGACAAGUUGGAGGAGACCGACAACUUCGAAGACUUUAUCACCCCGGUGACCGAGUUCAAGGGCGAGGCCUUCGCCGAUCUCAAUGUCAAGUCUUUGAAGAAGGGCGACGUCAUUCAGUUCGAGAGAAAGGGCUACUACAAGGUCGAGUCAGAUCUCUCGGAGGGCGACAAGAUGGUAUUCUACACCAUCCCAGACGGUAAGACCGCCCCCAAGAAGAAAUAA